AUGAAGGAAAUCAAACGCAGACUUCAGCAAAUCCGCGAAGUAACGGGCAACGAGGAUUCAAUUCUCGGUCCAGCAGAACUGGACGAUGACUUCGACCCAUCUGAGCACGAUCAGACUAUGGCCAAGAUCUUGGGCGAGGACUACGAUGAGAAGGAAGAAACACUUACCUCCAAGGAGCUCGUGCGAGGACCUGAUUGCAAUGAUUUGGACGUCUCGGCUGCUGCAACCGAAGGUUUGCGGAAGCACUGGAAAGUCGGAUGCCAGGCCGAGGCCGCCGAGGAUGCAGAGGCGCCUGCCGCGACAGAGGAGUGGCCUGGAAAUGUGCAAGAGGAAGGUGAUGAGGACGACGAGGAGGUGCACCCUGACUUAUGGUUCCUCUGCGACGGAUGCCAAAAGCCUAUUCCGGGUGGAAAGCGUCGCUUUGACUGCAAAGUCUGCGACAAUUUCACGUUGUGUACGAAGUGCUUCCGGGUGCGACGACAUCCCCAUUCCUUUGUUCGACGACGUGUUCCGGAGAGCUGCAUGCCCCCGGAGGAUCUGAAGGGAGCGCAGGUCGGAGCCGGUGACACAGGCAUCACAGGCUCCGGCGAGAUGCUGGAAGAGUAUUUUCAGCUGGACUACGAGGACAUCAUUGGAGGAGAUUUGCCGACAAGGUUCAAAUACCGCAAAGUGCAGCCCAAAGACUACGGCAUUCCUGCACAUGUCAUCCUCUCCAAGACAGGAAAGGAACUGAACCGCAUGGUCUCAAUCAAAAAGCUUCGCCCGUAUCGAGAGGAGGGCCAGGCUGAGUGGGAAAGCCAUGGACGUGGUCGGGGCAAAGCAGGUGCAGGCCGUGGACGCUGCGGACGCGGACGAGGCGAGCAGCAUGGCGAGGAGGCUCGGGCUCCAAGCACAUCCAGCAAAAGCAAGUUGAAACGCGAGGCUUCGAAGGCUUCGGCGGCGAAAAAGGUGAGCUCAAGCCGGAUACAGGCAUACAAUUUGGAGAAUGACAAGUUUGCCCGUCGAGGUGAAAAGAGACUGAAAGGCAAGCGUCAGAAUGAGAAGGGCUAA